AUGCGACCACCAGUCAACGCGCCCCUGACCCUGGCGGGCGACCCCUCCCGAGCCCCGCCAGCAUUGCCCCCCCUCCCAUCCUCCGCCUUCCCCACUGGGUCUCGCGAGCGGCUGCGCGCAUUGCUUGCGGAGGCCACGGCAAACGCGCCAUCCGCGGGCGACAAUGUGCGCGCCUCCGCGCAGACGGCAUCAGUGGCGUCCGCCGACCCCUGCGUCGCGGAUGGCGCCUCCGCCCUCGCCGCGUGCUCGUCGGUGGGCCGAGGGGCACACGUGAAGGACGGCGAGGCGCGGUACAGCACAGCGGACGACGCGGCGUACGUCGCGGGUGAUGUGUGGGAGCGAGGGGCGACGGCGGAGGGCGAGCGGGAGGCGAUGGCGGAGAGCGAGGGGCGGGGAGCGGGCGACGAAGAGGGCGCCGAGGCGCACAUGCCGUGGGGAUGGGGCGAGCAUGGGGAGCUACAGCAGGGGAGCGGGCUCGAACCUCCGCAAGUGGCGGACAGCAGGCAGCCGUUCGGCGGCACCGCCAUCGUCGGCGCCAACCCCUUCGCGCGCCCUCCUGCGCCGCCGCGCAUUGCCUCCAUGGCGCCCGCGGCGAGCGCUAAGCGCCGGCCGCCGAGCGGGUCGAAGAGCUUCGCACAGCGACUGGCGGCACGCGCUGCUGCUGCAGGGGGCGAUGGCAGCGAUGGCAGCGAGGGAGGCGCGGAAGGGGGCAGCGCGCGCGGCACGGCGAGUGUGCCCGCGCGGCUGGUGACGGGCGCACCCGCGACGGGGCCCGUGUGCUUCCUGAUCGCGGGGGGACUCAGCCCCGCCGCUCUCCUGGACUCGCCCGUAGUGCCGCGCUCGCAGCCCGCCAGCAGCACAGCGCCCCUGCUGGAAGGGGGCAUGGAGGCGCAGGGGGGUGGGGGCGGGGAGGGAAAAGGGCGCAUGGUGGCAGGAGAGGAGGAGGGGGAGGAGCAUGGGGGACGGAGGAAGCGGCAGCGGAUGGAGGGUGGGGAUGAGGGGGGGUUGACAUGGAGUGACAGAGGAGGGCGGAGGGGCGGGGCGAUGGGGCAGGAAGACGGCAGCGUGGGUGGCGGGCAGGGUGAGGGCGUGCAUGCAGCCUUGGCGCUGGGGCUGGGUGGGGAUGCGGAGGGAAGGGGGUCACGCAUGGUGGAGGGGGAGCGGAUGGGUGCAGGGCGAGCAAGGGAAGCAGUGGGGGCGGAGGCAGUGGUGGUGGGCGAUGUGGCAGUGGCACGUGCACGCCCCCACCACACGGCGCUCACUGCCUCGCACGCUCACUCCCAUGCCGCCCGCAUGCUGCCUUGUUCCGCCGCCCCUCACGCUGCUGCAGCCAGCAGUGCCAUGGGGGGGGGACAUGGCAGCACGCAGCAGGGCGUGACAGCGGGGAUGGCAGGUGAUGGCGUGGCAGUGCAUGCAGGCGCACAUGGGGGCGAGGCCGUGCCGCAACAGAGAGUGGCGCAGUGGCAAGACGAGGGGGAUCUGCCACAGGCGCUGCCAGGGGUCGCACGCAGUGACAUGCACAACUGGGUGCUGCCCACCAGCGCCUAUGGGGAGGACGGCGCCAGGGCGCAGGGUGGGCGUGCGCAUGGGGAGGACGGGGUGGGGUGGGAAGUGGAGGAUGACGAGGAGGGCAGUGGAAAAGAGGGUAUGGAAGAGGGCUGGACGGAUGGCGGAGGAGAGACAGACGCGGUGGGUGCAGGAGCAGCGGCAGCAGGCGGGGCAGUGGACGGGUACAGCUGGCACAAGUACGGGCAGACGGAGGUGCGUGGGGGGGGAGGCCCGUGCAUCUACUACCGGUGCACGGCGCCUGGGUGCCCCGCCAAGAAGCGCGUGAUGCUGGCAGCACACGGCCACGCCUCACACUGCCACGUUGGCAGCAUUGGCAUGGGUGGGGAGUCGAGCAGUGCGAGUGGUGCACUUAGGGAAGGAGACUCCGCUCAUGGCUGUGCUGGCCAGGCGGACAGGAGCGCAGGGGCGGAUGGUGUGGGGCAGUGCAGAGGCGAGGAGGAGAGGAGAGGAGAGGAGAUUGAGAGAAGGAGAGAGGCGAUUGCGUGGGAGAAGGAGGGGAGGGUGGGGCAGAGUGAGGAUGCAUCGCGGUCGAGGAGCAGCUUUGAGGGCGGCGAGGGCGACGCGGGUGUGGGGAGGAAGGCGGAGGGCGAGGCGACCAGCAAGGAGCAACGCAAGAGGCGACCGGAGCCGUUUUGUGGGCAGCGAGUGCAGCGCGGGCCCAAGGUGGUGGUGCGCGCAGUGAGUGCGGUGGAGCUGCUGGACGACGGGUACCGCUGGCGCAAGUACGGCCAGAAACUCGUGCACGGCCGCCGCUUCCCCAGGAGCUACUAUAAGUGCACUCAUCCAGGGUGCAUAGUGAGGAAGCACGUGGAGCGGUGUGAAGACGACCCCAGGGAGGUGGUGACCACGUACGAGGGCAAGCACAGCCAUGCCGUGCCUGCCACGCGCUCCACCUGUGUCUUUAUGGCUCUUGACGGGCCCGGCGUAUUCUCCCUCUCAUCGGCGGGAGGGGAAGGGGAUACUGCUGGACCAAGUGUGGAUACUGGCUCCUUCAGCACUGCCUUGUUUGGAUCAUAA